GCGCAGGGGCGGCAGCGAGAGAGCAGGAGCGGCGGCGGCGGCAGAAGCGAGAAGGGCGCCUGGCUCGGCCUCCUUCUGGGCCGGCAUGGCCGACAGCGCCAGCGAGAGCGACACGGACGGCGGAGGCGGAGGCGGCGGCGGCGUGGCCGCGGGGGCUCCGGGGGCGUCGGCCUCUUCGGGGCCGGGCGUCGGGGUCUCUUCGGCGUCGUCGGCGGGCUCCGGCCCCGGGAAGGCGGCCGGCAUCGUCAUCUCCCCGUUCCGCCUGGAGGAGCUGACCAACCGGCUGGCCUCGCUGCAGCAGGAGAACAAGGUGCUGAAGAUCGAGCUGGAGACCUACAAGCUGAAGUGCAAAGCGCUGCAGGAGGAGAACCGCGACCUGCGCAAGGCCAGCGUCACCAUCCAAGCCCGAGCAGAGCAAGAAGAAGAAUUCAUCAGUAACACCCUGUUUAAGAAAAUUCAAGCUUUGCAGAAGGAGAAGGAGACGUUGGCCGUGAAUUAUGAAAAGGAGGAGGAAUUUCUCACUAAUGAACUCUCCAGGAAGCUGAUGCAGCUGCAGCAUGAGAAGGCAGAGCUGGAGCAGCAUCUGGAGCAAGAACAGGAGUUCCAAGUCAACAAGUUGAUGAAGAAAAUUAAAAAACUGGAAAAUGACACCAUUUCAAAGCAGCUCACUCUGGAACAGCUAAGACGCGAGAAGAUUGAUCUGGAAAACACACUUGAACAAGAACAAGAAGCCCUCGUGAACCGUCUCUGGAAGAGGAUGGACAAACUUGAAGCCGAAAAAAGAAUUCUCCAGGAGAAACUGGACCAGCCUGUGUCUGCUCCUCCAUCGCCAAGGGACAUAUCAAUGGAAAUUGACUCUCCAGAAAAUAUGAUGCGGCAUAUCAGGUUUCUGAAGAACGAGGUAGAGAGGUUAAAGAAACAGCUCCGAGCAGCUCAGCUACAGCAUUCAGAGAAGAUGGCCCAGUACCUGGAAGAAGAACGUCACAUGCGAGAGGAGAACCUGAGGCUCCAAAGAAAACUGCAGAGGGAGAUGGAGCGAAGGGAAGCCUUGUGCCGGCAGCUGUCUGAAAGUGAAUCCAGUCUGGAAAUGGACGAUGAAAGAUACUUUAAUGAAAUGUCUGCGCAAGGAUUAAGACCUCGCACUGUGUCAAGUCCAAUUCCAUAUACACCUUCUCCAAGUUCUAGCAGACCCAUCUCACCAGGUCUCUCGUAUGCAAGUCACACCGUUGGCUUCACUCCCCCAACUUCACUCACCAGAGCUGGCAUGUCUUAUUAUAACUCUCCUGGCCUUCAUGUGCAGCAUAUGGGAGCAUCCCACAGCAUUACGAGGCCUUUGCCGCGAAGAAGCAACAGCCCGGACAAGUUCAAGCGCCCCACGCCCCCUCCCUCUCCGAACACGCAGACCCCACUGCCGUCGGCACCCCCGCCUCCCCCUCCGCCUCCCCAGCCGGCUCCUUUCCAGCCCUCCACUCAGCCUUAGUGCCCCGGCCAGCGAUCCUGCCUUCAGAGUUGGACUCAUCCCCCCGGAGCAGUUUACUACAAGCCAAAGGCUUAACCACGGUCAAUUUAGAGUUGACUGACUUGCACUGAAGUUGUCGAGGCUUCACCGUUUCAUUGUGUUGUACCAGUUGCCCAAGGACCUCCUCCGGCGUUAGCCCGUGACCCGCAUCCGAGGCACUUCCUUCCAGGGAAGGAGGUGGGCGGCGGCACCUGAGCAUCGCCCACCCCGGGGGCCCCAUCUGCGCAAGAAGCAGCCUCUCUCGGUUUCUCCAAAAGGCAGCCAUCGGGAUGAGAUCUGUCACAUCCGUCUGAAGCAAGCCAACCCAAACCCAUCAGUGUUGACACGGGAACAUCCAUGUAUGUGCCUGCCGCGCCUGGCACACCAGCACCUGCGUUGGGUAUGCGGCCUCCUGUUUUGCCGAGCUCCCCGUACAGCCUCUCUCCUUUAAACCCCCUCCCUCCCCUGCCCUCACCCCUCCCACUUCCUGCUUUCUGAUUCAAAAGGGAUAGUUCUCCCUGGCUCUUCACAACUUCUUGCAUUCUGCGACUAAGGCAUGGGCUCUCCAUUACAAGCUCCCAGGUAUGACGGUGUGUUUCCAGCGUAUACGGCAAAUCAGCUCUACAUUUCAGUACAGCUUUUAGUGUGAAAGUGAAAGGCCGACACCUCAUCUCUCGAAUUGUGUCCCUUAAUUUCCAGACUUAAGUAAAGCAUACACGUGCAACACCCCCCCCCCCUUUAUCCAGUGUGUUGGUACUGUCUGAAAUGUCAGACCCUGUAAGACGUAUGGAUCUCCCUCCCUCCCUUCCCUCUCUCCCUCCCUCCCUCCCUCCCUUGUAAAGCCCUUCCUGCCGCUUCAUUAUAAUGCUUGGGGCCGUCUGUCUACAGCUGUUCUCUGAUUUUCUGCUGUAGGAAAGCAGUUUUUAUGAAAAGAAAAAGAAAAAAAAAAGCCCGAUUUAAAACCCUUGUUUAAAAUAUUUUAAUGGUGUGGCCCUUCCUCUCUGAAAGUUUAAACUGCGAUGUUAGGCUUUUGGAAGAAGAAAAAUUAAAGCAGAUGGGAGGUGCUCAUUUAUAGCAGCAUAUGGUAAACAGCCAAAAGUGUUGUAUUGCUUGGUAGAAAAGGAUCAAGAGAAAGUUAGGUGACAAUAGCAAAUGCGUAUUUAGCAGCAUAAGCCGGUACAAUGUAUAAAGAAAUGUAUUCUGGAAUACAUUCUUUCAAUUCAUUUAGCACAAAUAAAUGGUUUGUUUCA